CACGUGUCCUCCUCUUCGUCCACCCUCGUGUCGCCAGCGUUGGCCGUGGGGGCGGCCGAGCUGCUCGGUGCGUCGUUCCAUGUAUCAAGGAUAUCCCCGACGUCGUGGAGGCCCUGGGAAGGGGCCGUGUUCGAGGGGUCGAAGCCCUCUCGAGAAGUCAUGUCGGCCAGGACCUCGAGCCGGCCUGGUGGGGCUCCCUCAGCAGCGAUGAGCUCAUCCAGAGACGGUUGAGGGCGAGCCGGGGGGGCGACGCGUGGCGGCCGGGGUGGUAGGGAUUCGCCCCUGCUGCUCGCCGAUGGAGAAAUGAUCGCCAAGUGGGCUCCCGAGCCGAGCCGGCGGCGUCGAGAGCGGCGGUGUUGCCGUUGCCGUUGGCGGCGGCGGUCUUGGCGUCGCUCGGCUCCUGGCCCCUUAUUGUCGAUGCACGCCGCCAGUGCCAGGUCCGCCGCCAAAGCCGCCGACUCCGCCUCCAGGUCAUCGACGUCCAUUGGGACUUCCUCGCUGUGCGCGUCGGCCGGCCCGUUCCCGUCAUCGCGGGUGGUGGCGGGGCGGGUGGGGGAGGGGCGGCGGGGUCGCCUGGAGGGUCGUCAUGUAUCACGAUCGGCGAGGCGGGGCCUCCAGGAGCCCUGGCACCUCCCAAGCCGCCGGCGUCGUCGGCCUCCAUCCAGUCGUCGUGCGGCCGGUCAGCAGGCAGCAUGGAGGCGAAGUGGCCGGGCAUGUAGAGCACAUGGAUGGCGGAGCUGCCGGCGACUCGAAAGGGUUGCUCUGGGUCGACGAACAGCCGGAUUGCCACAGGGAGGGGGCCCGCUGUCUCCAGAGACGCACGCUCGUGUAGCUGGCAGAGCACGAUGGUCGCCCCGACCACGUUGGCCACCGACUGCACCUCCAUCUCGCUUAGGCCUCUUCCAAGCCGGAUGCCUUCGAUAUAAGCGUCGGUGCCGAUCCCCCGCGGCUGGAGGUCGGCGAAUUCACCCGCACCGCUGCGCCGCCGAAGGUCAUCCACGAGGCGCCGGCGAACGGCGGCAGGGGACGGCAGCUCGCCGUCGAGGUGGUUCGCGGGGGGCAGACCGUCUGCUGCGCGCCGACGAUGAGCUUCAAGCUGGCGGAGGACGGCUCGAAGCAGGCAGUUGUUCCCCUCGACGCUCUCGUCGAUCACGCGGAAGAGAGGGCGCACCGCUCCUCCAUGGGACACCAGGGUAGCGCCAUGGGCGACGAACUGGCGAAGCGAGGGGAGGAUGUAAGGGAAGGACGCACCGGCCAGCGUCUCGAUCCGCAGCAGGUCCUCCAGCUCGUAGUCCGCUGGGUUCGCCAGCCAGUGCCACUGCCCGGCACUGAGGCGCCACAGGCCUUGGUGUACACGCUGCAUGCGGCGGGAGAACUCCGGCAGCGGCAGGAGGCCCUCAAGGUGGCCCGGGAGUGGAUGGGCUCGUAGCUGCGCGGGAUGCCGCUGCAGGGGGUUCAUCAGGAUCUGGUGCCAGUGGAGGUGACCCGGCAGGUGGCUGUAGGGGCGGACGAGCGCGCCCGACCGAUCGCGGUGUGCCUGCCGCAGACACUCCCGGCACAGCCAGGAGCGGCACGCACACGGGACGCGCUCGAAGGCGUCGGCCGGGUAAGGGUUCGAGCACCCGGGGCACUCGUGGUGGUCGGGGUUGGCCGGAGGUGGGGCGAGCGGAUCAGCGGGGACCUCACCGAGAGAGUCCACACCGAGGACGCACUCGGGGCAGAACGCCUGGCGGCACAU